AUGACGCAGGAAAUAGCCGACAAGUUGAACGUCAAGCCAGACAGAAAGGAAACUCUCAACAUAUCCGCCUUCGGAAAUUCUGACAAGAACGUUCGUCACAUGAAUAAAGCCACAGUGUAUUUAGAAGCAGACUCAGGAGAGAAAAUACCUUUACAGGUAUUGAUUGUACCCGCCAUAGCGGCGCCUAUUCAGAAUAACCGCAGGUACAUUUCGCACCAACUACAUUAUUUUAAAGGACUAAAACUAGCCCACCCGUUAUCAGAGGAUAAUAGCUUUGAUAUUUCUUUACUCAUUGGAGCAGACCACUACUGGGAUGUAAUCAAGGAUGAUAUCGUUCGAGGCGACGGACCAACAGCGAUGAACUCCAAAAUAGGAUAUUUGUUAUCUGGACCACUCACACGUACAAGAGGACAACGUAAUUCACAUAUGAUGCACAUAUUAUCUAGUCACACAAAAGAGGACUAUGAUAUUGAGAGAUUUCGGAAAUUGGAGUCCCUUCGUAUACAAGAAAACGACAAACUAAACACAGAGAAACAGAACAUCAAGGAAUUUUCAUCAACAUCGAUAGCAUAUGAGGAUGGAAAGUACGUUGCUCAACUUCCAUGGAUUGAAGAAUGUCCUGAAUUACCGACAAACGAGAUGAUUGCAAGAGCAAGGACCCACAGAGUAGUUAACCGCUUAAACCAGGAAUCAAACUUAUUCAAAAGAUAUCAUGGAUACAUAAUUAAAGAGCAGGAAAGACGUGGUUUCAUCGAAAAGGCAAAAGAGAAGGAGGACGAGCCACAGCGCAUACACUUCAUACCUCAUCAUCCCGUUAAAAACAAAAUUCUACCCACUAGAGAUAAAUUCAAAUGA